GUCUAAUGCAGCAGAAAGUAAAUCUAGGCAAAAUGUGACAGGGGGUGUGGCAAAGUAUCAGGUUUUGUUGCUAUAAAAAGUGUUAACUAAACAGAGGAGACGACAAGAGCAGCUUUAGCCGUGAAGAAAAACAUCAUUCUUCCGAGAACCUUUGAGCUUAUAAGGAAACACAGCAUUCAGCCAUGAAGUUUCAAAUUCUGGUUUUGAUCCUGCUGUUGGCUUGCAUGUAUCCCAGUGUCGCGCAAGGUUCCUAUGAAAACUGCUGUUUGAAGUACAUUGUAGGAGUGAGGAAGAACAUGAGAAGAAACAUUGAGAGUUACAGAGUGCAGGAAACAGAUGGAGGGUGCAACAUUCCUGCUAUUGUUUUCAAGUUGAAGAAAUCAAAGACACUCUGUGCUGAUCCAAGACAAAACUGGGUGCAACAAAUCAUGCAGAAAAUAGAUGGGAAAAGAAAAACAGGCCCUAAGUAGUGUACGAGUUUCAGAGACAGAUUUGAUCACGCCACUGCAGACGAAACUGUAUAUGACCAACACACUAAAAUAACAAUAUGUAGUUUAUAACACCAUCACUCCUGCUGAUUCAUAUAUUUUCUACAUCAGACUAUGAAUUGCUAUCUUCAUGCCGAGGUUCAUAAUGAACUGUAUUGGUUUGCUUCUGUUCAUUGUAUUAGAACAAUAUGAAUGUAUGAACUGUGAAUGUUUGCUCAUUUCCAAGCUCCACAAUGAAUCUUAUAAAACUUUAUGUAUAUAUUUUUGACUUUUUUGAUGUUUUAAUCGAAUAUACAUGUAACCUGUGAACUGCAUAACCUGCAUUUAAGUGUGUGUAUGUGUGUGUGUGUGUGUGUGUGUGUGUGUGUGUGUGUGUGUGUGUUUGAGUUGGUAAGAGGGCAGUAUACAUUUCAUGCAUUAAGUAUAUAAUAAAGUGUUGCAAUUGUACAUUUAAA